AUGUCCAAUCGUGAGUUGAAAUCACAGAAAAGAAAGCCGGACUCUAAGUCUAAGGGAACUGAGAAAAUGCCGUUCCCCUCCACUAACUUUGGAACUUUAACCCCAUUUAGUGUACCGUUUGCUCCUUGCCCUGAGCAAAUAGCGGUCGACCCUUUUAAAACUUUAGCAAGUCUAUCACAAGCCGUGGGGGAUAUUAAGGCUGAUCUAUGGGAACAGGACGGGUUUGAAGACAAGAUACAAUUCAUUGCACAACAGCAGGAAGACAAUAUAACAGAGAUAGACAGUCUAAAAUCUGAAAAUGCAUCCCUACGUAAGGAUCUUGAAAUGUUAAAAUCGGUUGUAAUCAGACUUGAUAGAAAAGUCACAGAACAAGAGAAGGAAAUUAUUGAUUUGAAAGGGCGAUCCAUGAAAAACAAUAUCCUUAUACAUAACCUGGAAGAAGAAGAAGGAGAAGAUCUAUUCAGCAAAAUCCCCCGCCUGCUAAAUGAACACCUAGAUAUAGACGGAAUAGAGUUCGUUAAUAUCCAUAGGAAUGCGGGGGACAGAAGGCAAGGAGAUAAGCCCCGAGUUAUAACAGGCCGGUUAGUGAGAUUUGAGAACAAAGACCGUUUACUAAAACAACAGAGAAAAAAGAAAGAUGAAGGGAUUACUCUACCAUUCUAUAUCACCCCCCAGUCACCAGUUCAAGUUAACGAAACUCGCAGAAAACUGGUUGAACUCAACAGCAAAUAUUGGAGUGAAAAUAUCAAAACGAGGGUUGUGGGGGACAAAUUGGUUUUCCCGAAUGGGUCUGUUUACAGAGAUAAAGUGAAGACACCAAACGCCGAGGAAAUUCUACAACUUGACCAGAAAGAACAACAAAAACUAGAGGAAAUUGAAGUUAAACGCUCUAACACUCACACAGAAUCAGGAAACCAAAUUAGCGCUGCUGCAGUUGAGGUAGAGACAUAUGCAAAAGUUCGGAACUUCUACAGGAAAAUUUCCAUGGAUCCAGUUUAUGGGCGUGCAAAUCACAAUAUACUGGUAUACCGUUUUAAAGACAAUUCUGGGACUAUACAUGACGGAUACUGUGACGACGGCGAAUUUGGAGCUGGAAGGAAAAUGCUAAAAAUUCUACAAGAUGAAAACUCUACAAAUGUAUCAGUUGUGAUAUCGCGCAUGAUGGGAAAACAUCUUGGUCCGAAACGCUUCGACAUAAUGGAGAAAGCGUUAUUUGACGCCCUCAAAGAACUUCGAUAG